GUCUACUGCGGAUUUCUGCCACUGAAUGCUAACAGGGAAAUAAAAAAAGGACAAAAAUCAACACAUCAGUUUGAGGAGGAGAUUCAGUUGUAAUGUAUUCAGUGACUGUUCCAGUACCAGUAGGUGAAGCAAGUAAUGGACAACAUAAGAAAGCUACUUUUUUCCUUUUUUCUUUUUGGGGCCAUAUUGCUCUGUGGUGGAUUUCUUCUUUCAGUUUUUACCUUGCAGUCAUGCCCUUUUGAAACCUUCAGUGACUGUAGUGGGGUCCUGAAGGCUUCUGGGCCUGUGUUGGCUGUAACUGGAUUGCUUUGCAUUUUAAUUGCAAGAUCAAGGGCCAGGCUUUAUAUAAGCCAAAGACAGUUGCAAAAUGAGCAAAUAUGUAGCCUUUUUUUUUAUCAAGGAAACUGUCAGUUUGCCCAGUUUCUUAUCUUUGGAUUCCUGUUUUUGACAAGUGGGAUGCUAAUUAGCAUCCUGGGCAUUUGGGUCCCUGGCUGCAGCCCUGGUUGGCCCAGUAUACAGCUCAACCAGACUAACAGUUUUGAUGGGGACCGCCAGGGCUGUGGAUUCCUGUCAUUUCAAAUCCUGGGGCCUUUGAUUGUGCUUACUGGGUUGUGUUUCUUCGUGAUAGCUCAUGUUAAAAAGAAGCAAAACUUAAAUCUCAACGAAGAAUCUCUGGAAAACGAGGAACAUCCUCAGAGCCCUGAAUCUUUCCAGGUUACACUAGGUGAUGCUGUGUUGAUGUUCCCACCUCCGCCACCACCUUAUUUCGCUGAUCCUCUGUCUCCAGCUGUGACACAUUGUCUCGUGUCAAGUGGUUUGCCUGCAAGCAGAAGUCCUCCACCAUACCAUUCUAUAUUCAGUGAUGGGGUACAGUUUGCAGAUGAUGAAAGAACAGUUGCUGUCAGAGACGAUGAAACUAUAUAUACAAUUUCUGUGUGCAGUUCACCUUUGGGUAUCUCUCCAGCACCAUUUUUCUCCUCUGAACCACCUCCAGACUAUGAAGAAAAAGCAUCGGUGGAAAGUAAUGAAUAUUCCCUUUCUUCUUCUCUUUCAUCUUUUUCCUUAGUGACUUCUGACGCCAGCUUAUAGAGGCCUGUCAGAUAGACUGUGUUUUCAUAUGAAAUUGUACACUCAGAUUUAUGAUCUUUAAAUUUAUUUACAUUUUCUAAUAAAAUCAGUAACGCUG